AUGGAAAUUCAUAUUGAUAAUGAAACAAAAUUAAAACUUCAUGGUCUUCAUCAACAUUGUGUUAAAUUACGUAAAAAUGACAAGAAUCGAAAAUUAAUUGAUUUACUUGGUAAAUUAGAAUUUAAUCAAGUAGCUAUUUUUGUUAAAUCAAUAUCACGUUGUACAGCUUUAUGCAAAUUAUUAACUGAACAAGGUUUUACUGCUAUUGAAAUUCAUCGUGAAAUAUCACAAGAAAAACGUUUGGCACUUUAUAAAGAAUUUAAAGAAUUUCAAACACGUAUUCUUGUUGCGACAAAUUUAUUUGAACGUGUCAAUAUUGUAUUUAAUUAUGAUAUGCCAGAAGAUACAGAUACUUAUCUUCAUCGAUUCAUAUGGACAACACAAGAACUCUGCGUCAGGCUGGAUAUGACAGUACCAGCUGUAACUUAA